UGGUAUUCCUGCAAAUUUACAGUCACGUUAUUGGCGGCUGCUUGAGGUAUUAGCAAAUGGCAUUCCUGAAACACUUGAAUUAGGUGGCUGUAAGAGGUGAUAACUGAAGACAGAAGAUGCCUGUUCCGCCCCCACCCCCGGCUCCUCCCCCACCCACCUUUGCUGUGGCAAACACAGAGAAACCUGUCCUGAAUAAGAGUGAACAGCAGGGCAGGAGUGCAUUGUUGUCCGACAUCACAAAAGGAGCACGGCUCAAAAAAGCUGUUACCAAUGAUCGCAGUGCUCCCAUCCUCGACAAGCCUAAAGGUGGAGGUGGUGGAGGAGGUGGAGGAGGAGGCGGCGGUGGCGGCGGAGGGGGAGGAGGAGGUGGGUUUGGAGGUGGUGCUCCUGGUGGCCUGGGAGGACUUUUUCAGGGCGGAAUGCCAAAGCUCCGCUCCACUAGAGAUGACUCUGGGAGUGUGAGACCUCCCUCUCUCCCCCCUGGUGCUCGAAGUGCAGGACCUCGUCCUUUUGGAGGAGGUGGCAGCUCUGCGCCCCGUCUGCCCGUCCCCCGGAAUGACGCCUCCGACUCUCCCCGCCCCCGGAUGACUCCCCCUCGCCCCGAGACGCCGUCUGGGCUGCCCCCGCCCGUCCCCAACACUCCACGGCCCAAUCAGAGCACUCCACAGAACCGCGGCCCGCCUCCUUUGCCCGGAGGAUCCCGGCCCCCCAGCUCAGCGCCGGCGCCUCCUCCCCCGGCUCCUCCGGGCCGCCAGGCCGCACCUCCUCCCGUUCCCCCAGCCGGUUUAUCGCGUCAGUCCUCGUUCCCUGCGCCCCCUCCCCCCGUGCCGCACUCUAGCCGACCCCCCCUCCCCCCUGCCCCCAACCGUGCCGCGGAGGAUCGUCCGCCGCCCGUUCCCGUCAGCAACCGGCCGUCUCUACCUCUCCCUCGGGACAGCCCGCCCCCGCCGCCUCCUCCUUCCUUUAGCAGUAAGCCUCCUCCGCCUCCCUCUUCUGCAGCCCUGUCCCGUUCCGCCUCAAAUUCCGCCCCUCCGCUGCCCCCGGGCCGCCCGGCACCGCCCCCGACCGAUGAAAACACGCCACGUCUCCCCCAGAGGAAUCUGUCGCUCAACUCCCACGCUCCCGCCCCUCCCCCUGGCCGGUCGGGCCCCCUGCCGCCGCCCCCGACCGAAAGACCGCCCCCCUUGGGCCGAAACGCCGCAGGGCGCUCAGGGCCUCUCCCACCCCCGCCUGGUCGUCCGAGCGGAGGCAGCAUGAGGUCUUCGCCGGUCCCUCCCCCCCCUAGCCGCCCUGGCACAGAAGCCCCACGGGGUGGCAGCAGACCCCCACUCCCUCCGGACAGACCUGCAGCCGGAGGACCACCUCCUCCACCACCACCAAUGGGCAAUGGAUACCACAGCCAGAGCCAGCAUGCUGAUGAAUGGGAAUCUCGAUUCAGUUUCCGACCCGUUUCCGAUCUUCCACCUCCUGAGCCUUACGUCCCCUUUCAGAAGACCUAUCCCAGCAAGAUGGUCAAGAAUGACAACCGAGGUUCAGGGAAAAAGGAAAGAGGUGCACCACCCUUGCCUCCCAUCCCCAGGUGAAGAAUAUCUAAUUGGUUGCUCAGGGGUGCCCUGCCCCCCGGCCUGGCCACGCCCAGAAAAAAACGGUCGCUUCUUCAGCUUUUUCAUUCUUUGCCAUCCUUUCCACCCUGCAAUCACCAUGGUUACCGCUAUCCACUGGUGUUCAUGAAAAUGACUCUCUAUGAUGUCGUAGAGUGUUCUUGAUGAUGUCACCGCGUCACCUGCGACAUUUGUUCCUCGACUUGUCGCUCUACCCAGGCAGUAUGUCACCGCUAAGCGCCUUAGUCAUAUUUCUGUUGUUAAUAAUAGCUAA